AAGCCCCUCCACGCUCACGAAAAAACACCUCUUCUCGCGACACCAUCAUGAUGUUCACGACUCCCAUCAUGACCCUCAUCUCCUUCAUCGUCUCCUUCUUCACUAUGGUUUCUGCCCUCCCGGUCUCGGUUAGGGAUGUGUACGUCCCGCCUGUUACCUACCCCACUGCCGGGACAGUAUGGCACAUUGGACAAAACUACAACGUUACUUGGGAUACGUCUGACCCGCCCGUCAACAUCACUAACAAGUACGGCAUGAUCGUCUUGGCCAAGGGUGGAAUUGCUUUGGACUAUGACUCUCCCCUUGCUGCCAACUUCUCCAUUUUGGACGGGACUCACGAGAUCACUGUCCCGAACGUUGACCCUGGUGACGACUACGCCAUAGUUUUGUUCGGAGACUCGGGCAACUACAGCCCUGAAUUCACCAUCACUAACUAAACCGCUGUUGGCACUCAAAACGCCUCGGUAGUCACUGAACUAAAAUGAAUUCCCGGACACUCAUCUAACGACACUCACGAUCCGGACUUCGCACACUUUGCACCUCUGUACAACUAAUGGACCUUGACGCACUGUUGCUUUCGAAAUGGGACGGUUUAGUUAGUUUGUAGCUGUAUAGUACCUGCCUUUAAUGCGAAUUGCUUUCGCUGAUUGAAGUGAAA